AUGAAUGGAAUGAAAGCCCAACAUCCAUCCAGUAUACUUAUGCUUAAACGGAAAAGAGCAUUGGAAGCUUGUGACUCUUGCAGAAAACAAAAAACACGAUGUCUUGCAGGUCCACCCGAUGAUGAAGAUCGCACAUGUUUGCGGUGUCGUUCUUUACAGCUCGAAUGUAGCUUGGCCAAAUUUAACCAGACUCUCCGUAAACCUGAUGGCGAUGCCUUGGAAUCUUCAGCAGCAGUCAUUCUCAAUGUAAAUCUCGAAAAAAGACUUAAAGUUUUGGAAAAGGCCGUAAGCUCUCUUUCAACGUCGGCCCUCCAUGCACGACCCACCUACCCUUCUGAAGACAUUUAUCUCAACGGUAUACUCUCUCUUGAUGAAAUUGAGCUCUUAUUGGAUAUUUUCAUUGAACGCUAUGGUAAGCGUUGGCUAUCACUUGACUGUACUGGAGCUGAAUAUCUCGAGUUUCUUUACCGCAAGUCUCAUCUUUUGCUUGUAACUGCUUGCGUAAUAGCUUUGCGACACAAUCCUUCUCUCAAGGCCCGAGUGUAUUCACAAUUACUUGAUAUAGUUGAUCUCCUCGUUUCCCAAGAAUUACUGACUGCAUCGCCCUCUCUCCAAUUUUUUGAAGCUGUCUCUAUAUUGUCUCUGUACCAACCUCUUCGUUACGUUCAAAAACAAGAUCUUUGGCUCCUUAGCGGGUUUGCCUUGCGGCACCGCAUCCUCUCGAGUACCCAAGGUUGGUUCAACGGCUUUGUAGGUUCUCGAUCAACCCUUACUUACCUGGACAUUGUUCCUGCUCGUACUUGGAACCAUCUUUGCCAUGCCCAUUUACUCAUGUGUAUAGGAUAUCGUCGACAUGCAAUGCUUGAAGAACCCACCUUCGACGAGUGUAGAAAUAUUUUGACCAACUGCCAAGCCAGUGAAUUCGAUGGAAACAUCCUUGGUAUGUUGUCUGUUUAUUCCAUGUUGUAUCGUUUACUUCGUUCGUCUUUUGAUUUAGAUUAUGCCAUUUUUCAACUCGAAGAAUGGCGAAAAGAAUGGUGUCACUUAUGGGAGCAACCCGAACCAGUGUAUUCGCAGGUUGCUUAUUUUUAUGCUUACAAUGUCGUUUAUGAAGUUGGCAUCCAAAUGACUUCAGAUACGAAGCAUCUUGCUAAUAUUGCAGAAUAUGUUGGUAUGCUUGAAACGUAUGCUUUAAAGACUGUCAACGCCAUUUUUGAACUCUCUGCGUAUGAUAUGUCUCGUUGUUCUGACCAUGUCUUGUUUCAUGCGGCCUUUGCUUGUGCCAGCAUGCUACGAUUAAUGUAUGCGGCGAAAACCAAAGACAUUGGUUCUCUAGCGGUUCAAACAGAACUUUUGAACGAAGUUGUUACAAAGACAUGGAAAUGGCUUUUAUUGAUUAGCGUCGAUCAAUAUCAUUUCGCUACCAAAUUCGCUACCUACUUAAAAGAGUACCAAUCUACUGUCAACGAGGCAGACCCAGAUACUUUUCUGUCUUCCGCCAAAUCAGGUUCUUCUAUUGUCCCUUCGUCUUCUGAUCCAACGUCGACUCCGUCCACAUGGUAUAGAGGCCCACCUCGAGCGGUAUCCGAUGCAACACUGCAAGGAAUAAAGCCAUAUAAUUUAGGAGUGGCUACUGUGGAACAUGGCUAA